AUGCAUAUUUUUCUGCAUUUUCUAUCGUAUAUAUAUUCAAAAAUGUUCUAAUUAAAAACUCAAUAAUAUAUAAUUAUACAUUCAGCAAAACUACAAAUGACUGAAAAUAUUAACAAUCAAACUUAAAUCACAUUGAUGACUGAAAGAUACAAUGAAUAAUAUGAAAUAAACAAAGAAGCAGAUAUAAAAAUGUAAAAAGGACUAAAAAAGGAUUUGACAGAUUGUGUCACUAAAGUAGUUGGAGAAGUGGCAAUGAAGGUUUGCUUUGCUUUAACAGUUGCCUUCUGUAUUGGUUGUUGA